UGGGUCCUUCUCUUCCAGAUCUUAGCAGAUGACACGGAGGACGUCUCCCUGGACUUUGGGAAUGAAGAGGAGCUGGCCUUAAGGAAGGCGAAAGUCAGGUACCCGCUGGCCACCUUCUUCCACCUCUUCUUCCGCGUGAGUGCCAUCGUGACCUACCUCUUCUGCGACUGGUUCAGCAAAAGCUUCAUUGCCUGCUUCCUCCUCAUCCUCCUCCUCCUCUCCUUUGACUUCUGGUCUGUGAAGAACGUCACCGGGAGGCUGCUGGUCGGUUUGCGAUGGUGGAAUCAGAUCGACGAGGAUGGGAGGAGCCACUGGGUGUUUGAGGCAAGGAAGGGCCCAUCGAGGGCGGCUCCCCCCACCGAGGUCGAAGCCCGGAUCUUCUGGCUGGGGCUGAUCAUCUGCCCCGCCAUCUGGACCCUCUUCUUCUUCACCACCUUGUUCUCUCUGAAGCUGAAGUGGCUGGCACUGGUGAUCACCGGCAUCUGUCUCCAGGCGGCUAACCUUUAUGGCUACGUCCACUGUAAACUCGGGGGCGCCUCCCAAACCAUCCGCAAAGUCGCCCCCCACUUCCCGGCCCAGGAGAUAUUCCAGAAGGAACGAUCGGAGGACUUCCAAAAACACCUCCUGAAGCACCUGGGGACCCAGAGCCAUUAGGAGGAGGAGGCCUGGGGGACGGUUCUUGCGCUAAACACCCAGGCAGGCUGCAUUCCGCUUCAGAAGGGCCAACGCAGCACAUCCAGCCACAGAGGAGCAGCUUCCUCUUGGCCUCCCAUCCCUUGUGACGCUUCCUAGAAUAGCAGCCCUUUUCUAGGAAGCUGUUCCGGCCUCUCCCCUGUCUGCUGAUGCCGAGCUCCGAUCCCACCCCAAAAAAGAGGGAUUCUCCCCUUGUGAGGCAGGCCUGGCUACCUCUCCCUACCCCCUUGGCAGCGUUCCCUUAGCAGCUCCCUCGCAAUUGGGCAGGAGGCCUCCAGCAGGCCUGGCAUAAAAAUCCAGCCCAUCUCCAUUAUUCCGUCACCCAUCCCUUCAGCCUCUGUGAGAGGCUUUCUAUGGCUCUACAGCAGGGACUGGCGGUGCUCGCCACGCAUUUCUUUCUGCCCCCGUCCCCCUGUGGAGGAUGCUGGGGGCGCUAACCAGUCAUUCUUCCUGCCAGUCUCUCCCUGGGGAGCAGCAAGGGCCACGAGGGGAGGGCCUCUGCCCACAGCCUCUGCCUUCGCCCUGCCUGAUCUGAGAGGCAGAUGAGGAAACGAAACUGUGAUCCCUCUGCUUAGAGCCAGACAGAGGCAAACAGAGUUGUUGUUUUUAUUUGCAUUCUUAAGAGAGCCGAGAUGGCCCCACGCGGCAUUUCCCGUGAACAGGACCCUGUCGGUAUCACCCUUUCAAAACACCUGGAGGGUGAGGCUAAACAGAAUUCAGGAAACACCCUUUACAUAAUCCUCAAAUAGAAAAAGACAGACUUACGUUUUUCUCAAUAAAAGCAACCUCUGAACUUG